AUGCCGUCCACCCGAAUGCGCAUCCGAAAUGCGAACCGCACUCAGACUCACCGGAGGCAGGUUUACUCUGACAGGAAUGCAGCCACCUUGUCGCGGUUACAGCGACAAGCUGAAGUUGGUCGCCAGCGUGAACAAGCAGCUCAGCCUCCUGACAUUGGAAACAUCUUGGAUCGGACAGACGACAACUAUCCAUUCGAUGCCCAGCAGGAAUCAGCCAAUUGGAACCAAGCUGAAGACAAAUCUGAAUGGGGCAAUUUUUCCGAAGACGAACCGGAUGAAAUAGAUUUGGCGAUGGCUUCUUACAAAGAACAAUACCGUCAGAAAGCACGAGAAUACAACUGGAACAUACUACUUGGUCAGCUCCAUGCCGAGUAUAUGAAGCUGAAGGUAAUCACAAAGAACUGGUCUGGCCCCAACUCGUAUAACAAUUUUGCUAGCUGCUCUCCGACCUGCUCAAAACGUUCUAGUCGAUCAGUCGAUCUGGUAGACAUACGUGGUGAGCACAUCAUUUGA